AACACACAAAACCAGAAAAACUUUUCUUCUCAAAUAGAUUAGAAGCUAACAACACCAUGGCUCAAACCACUAUGCUAAUGUCUGGUGUUACUGGUCGUGUAGUUGAUUUUAAGAGAGAGCCUUUACUACAAUUGCAAAUCCAAAGACUUCGUUCCAAUCAAUUCUCUCAUCUCUUGCUCUCUUCAAUCAAUCCUUCAUCUCCAUCUUCUUCUUCUUCUUCUCCAUCAUCAUCUACUUCAACUACUAUUAUUGCUCUCUUCAAAUCAAAGACCAAGGCACCAGCAAAGAAGGAGCCAAAGCCAGUGCCAAAGGUGGAAGAUGGUAUAUUUGGGACAUCAGGUGGCAUUGGGUUUACUAAAGAGAAUGAGCUAUUUGUGGGUCGUGUCGCCAUGAUCGGCUUCGCCGCAUCAUUGUUGGGAGAAGGAAUUACUGGGAAAGGAAUUCUAGCACAAUUGAACUUAGAAACUGGAAUUCCUGUUUAUGAAGCUGAGCCACUUCUGCUCUUCUUCAUCCUCUUUACUCUCCUUGGAGCAAUUGGAGCAUUAGGUGAUCGAGGCAGAUUUGUUGAUGACUCUGCCACUGGACUUGAAAAGGCUGUUAUCCCACCAGGAAAAGGUUUCAGAUCAGCUUUAGGCCUUAGGGGAGAAGGUCCUCUAUUCGGAUUUACAAAGGCGAACGAGCUCUUCGUCGGAAGAUUAGCACAGUUGGGAUUUGCUUUCUCUUUAAUUGGAGAAAUUAUCACAGGAAAGGGUGCUUUAGCACAGCUGAACAUUGAGACAGGAGUCCCUCUGAAUGAACUUGAACCACUGGUGUUGUUCAAUAUUGCAUUUUUCCUCUUUGCUGCAUUGAAUCCUGGCACUGGUAAGUUUUUUUUAACAGAUGCAGAUGAAGAGUAAGUUUGUGAUUAUGAUGAUGAAAGGGGAGAAAUCAUCAAAUUCUGGUGUGUUUUUGUUAAAGAGAUACAUUUGUUUGUAGUUGUUGAAUCUAAAAAAUACUUUGUAAGCUAAUGGGCUCUCCUCUUUUCAAUUAUGGUCCCUUUUAUUCAUGGGAUGUUUGGUA